CUGGCUUAGAUCCUGGUAGGAGCACCAGUGUAGAGUGCUCUUCCUCUUAAUUUCCAUUUACUCUCUAAUAAAAAGGCUCUUGCGGCGGAUUUCUAUGAAGCUAUGGACAAUUACUUACACAAGAUCAUAGGCCAUGGAAACAUUUACAUGAUUGGCGAUUCAACACAAAUUUUAAUUCACAGAGACUUUCGUAUCUACCAUUCAUCUCGUUGAUUACUAAUAAAAAUAAUAAGAGCUGUGGUAUUGGCAUUAGCAUUCACAAUCUAUCCCCAGCCAACUGGCUCCAUCCUCCACGGAUUGAACAUAGACCAGACAUCGCAUAGAUUCAAAUUCCUAUUUUGCAAUUGAUUGUGGCUGUUUCUCUUCACUUUUCAAGUCUCCCUACCGCCAUGAUUCAUUAGAUGGUCCAAAUAUCUUAUCACUGCUACUAUCACUCCGACAACCAACACAACCUUUAAGGCCAUUGUGAUCAUUUACCGCUGCUGGUGGAACUUGUAAAAGGGAUUCUUUUUCAAAAACCUAAAAUUUCAGCCGACUAUGUUUUGCAUCUCCCAUCGGAUUUUGUUUGAAUGCCUGAAGUUUGCAGAGAGAGAGAGAGGGAGAGAGAGAGAGAGAGAGCAACACAGCCAGGAGAGGAGGAAGGAAGAAGAGGGGAAAAUUUUCAAAAACCUAAAAGUUCAGCCGACUAUGCCCAUCAGAUCAUAACACGUGUCAAAAUCAACGUGUCAUGAUCCGAAGCCGUCUCCGCCAACUCUCAGCCAUAUUCCUCUCCAUGGAGGAGCUUGAUCCACAACUACCCACACCCUUAUGCAGCAAAAAAGGAACAAGAAAAGAUGAUAGAUCAGCUAAGAAGCGAUCAAGAUCCAAGACGGAUUAGAGACCAGCAACACCGUUGGACAGCAGCACAGCCUCUUCCUUGGGCUGUAGUCAAUCAUACAUGCCACUGCUUCUGUCAAGGGCCUUCUGCUUCUUCCACUCUCGGUCUCGAUCGUCCAUGGCACACCUUAGUACCAGCAGUACCAUUGUCAAACAGAAGGUGAGGAGGUUGAAGGGUGUGGUGUUCGACAUGGACGGAACCCUGACUGUUCCUGUGAUUGAUUUCCCAGCAAUGUAUAAAUCCGUGCUGGGCGAGCAAGAGUACGCUUCCAUCAGAGCCCAGAAUCCUUCUGGCAUCGAUAUUUUACACCACAUUGAGAGUUGGAGCCCCGAUAAGCAACAGAAAGCUUAUGAUAUCAUCGCCGAUUUCGAACGUCAAGGACUUGAGCGUCUCCAGAUUAUGCCCGGUGCGGCAGAACUAUGUGGUUUUCUUGAUUCAAAGAAAAUUAGAAGGGGUUUAAUAACUCGCAAUGUCAAGGCUGCAGUUGAUUUGUUUCACCAACGCUUUGGGAUGACAUUCUCUCCAGCACUCAGCAGGGAGUUCCGCCCUUACAAACCUGACCCAGCUCCAUUGUUAUAUAUGUGUGGAACUUGGGAUGUUCAUCCUACUGAAGUUAUAAUGGUUGGAGAUUGCCUUCAAGAUGAUGUAGCUUGUGGAAAGCGAGCUGGAGCCCAUACAUGCUUGCUUGACGAAACAGGGAGAUACAACUCUCCUGAAUUUGAUUCUGUUGAUUUCAAACCGGACUUUAAGGUAUCUUCACUUACUGAAGUUUGUUCGCUGCUGGAAGAAAAUUUCGAUUUGAUACCAGAAUCCUAAAUUUUUUGAGGUCAGUAAAGGUAACUAGUGAUCUGAGUUUUUUGUAGUCAAGGGGAUUCACAUAUUAUCAUAGUUCGGUUUAAACCUGAUUGCCAAUCUUGGAAACUUCUGAGUCUUCAGGCCAAACAUCUCAUUGCAAUGGGACCAAGGUCAAUGGAAAUUGCAAGCAACCUUCCAAAAGGUGGUGUAUCUUAGCUUUUAAAUGGGUCAUUCCCUUCCCGAGUAGCCCUUGCUUCUUGUUAUUGUUGUUCGUUGCCAUGACUUCUAUCCUAUUUUCUCAUAUUAACAGGAGAAAAAUCUUGAUUGUUAUUAAUCAAAUAACCAUAUAGUGUAUUUUCUUGAUCCUUACAUUGCA